AUGUUAGCGGGGGCUAUAAACGCUUCUCCGAGUCCAGGCAGCGAGGGGCUGAGGAAUAUACGCCUCGGUGACUCGCCCAGGUGUAGUUCGGCAGGAGUUGGAAGGUACUCCAAGGUGGCUGUCCCCGAUGAACCCAAGAUGGGGGCCAGCGGAGGCUCGUCAAGCGUAUCGUCUCGGGGGAAUACACCAUCGCCUCAGUCCAGUGAAGCGAGUGUUAAGCAGGGAAGUGGGACGCCGCCUCGAAAAUCUCAGCGUGCAGCGCCUCGGAAAUCGGCCAGGAAACCGCCAACCCUUUUCGCCGAUUAUCCUGACAGCACCCAAGAAGCGACUUCCACCUUCUCCGUCAUCGACGAAUGUAUCUACAGUACCAAAUCAAUUGGUGACUCCGGCCAGGAUGAUGAAGUCAUGUCAUGCGAGUGUAGAACGGAGUGGGGUAAGUGAUUAUCAUCUCCCUCAUUUCCCCUCUUCUCAUCCCUAUAUCGUCGUGAUGCCCCAAUUCCGGGCCUUCCGCGCGGGUUCCCAUUUCGCUUACGUUCGACCGUCGCAACGCAGAUGGCGAAUGCAAUGUCGCGUGUGGUGACAAUUCCGAUUGCAUAAAUCGUAUGACAUCUAUGGAGUGCACUCAGGACGACCGCGCUUGCGGCCAGGAUUGUCAGAACCAGCGAUUUCAGAAGCGCCAAUAUGCCGACGUCUCUGUUAUUAGGACGGAGAAGAAGGGCUUUGGCCUCCGGGCGAAUUCCGACAUUGCGGCCAACACCUUUUUGUACGAAUACGUUGGGGAGGUUAUCGACGAAAGCAAGUUUCGCAGGAGGAUGGAAAAGUAUGAUUCGGAAGGGAUUAAACACUUCUAUUUCAUGUCCCUGGGAAAGAACGAGUUUAUCGACGCUACGAAAAAGGGAGGGCUUGCUCGGUUCUGCAAUCACUCGUGCAACCCGAAUUGUUUUAUCGAUAAAUGGGUUGUCGGGGAGAAGCUGCGGAUGGGUAUCUUCGCCAAACGAGACGUGAAGGGGGGCGAGGAGUUGGUGUUCGAUUACAAUGUGGACAGAUAUGGCGCGGAACCGCAGACCUGCUAUUGCGGAGAGUCUAAUUGCCUCGGCUAUAUUGGAGGUAAAACCCAGACGGAUGGGGCCGCACCCAAGCUUUCACAUCACAUCAUCGAGGCCUUGGGACUGGAAGAUAGCGAGGAAUGGUCGACGGCGACAGCGAAGAAAGGUCGACGUCCGAAGAAGGCUGAUGGAGACGAUGAAGACUAUGUCGAGAGUGUACAGUCAAAACCGCUUGGCGAAGCGGAUGUCACGAAGGUCAUGUCUUCCCUUUUACACUGCAAGGAAAAAUGGAUAGUCAACAAACUUCUCCACCGAAUUCAACUUAGUGAGGAUGAAGCCGUUCCGGCGCGUGUGGUGAAGAUGCAUGGCUACCAGAUCAUGGGCAAAAUUCUGCACGACUAUCAAUCGGACGAGAACGUUGUGUUAAUGGCUCUUGACAUUUUAAUGAAGUUUCCUCGCAUCACCAAGAAUAAGAUCACAAGUUCCAAGAUCGAACCGACAGUGCAGCAGCUCAGCACUGCGGAGGAUCAGCGUGUUCGGGAGGCGUCGAAGGCCCUCUUAGAAGUGUGGAGUAGCUUGGAGACCGGAUUCCGCAUCCCGCGGAGAAGUAAGGCCGACAUGGAGCGAACAAGGUCGGUGUAUCAGGCCUAUGAGAGGGAAUCAAGUUCCAAAUCAAAGUCCAAUUCGCCGCAGUUGGAGAAACCGUUAACACCGAAUGGUCCAAAUCGACCAAGACCGUUCGCGAAAUCUGGCUUUCAAAACCAGCCCCCUCGUGGGCCCCGCGCGGAGCAGUUUCAACGGCACAAUGACAAACCACGCCGAGAUCUGCCAUGGGGCUGGCAUAAAGCGCAUACCGCCGAUGGAAAAUUCUACUAUUAUUCCAACGACGGGAGAGCUCGCUGGGAGGUUCCACAAGAGCCAUGUACCUCUGAUGCGAGACUUCCACAUCCGCCGCCACCUCCCCCACGACCUGGAGACUAUCCCUCACGCCCUGGAGAUUAUUCCUCACGCCCCGCAGAGUAUCCCUACAUCCCGCAGGAUCAGAAGCGAAUAGCUUUACAGGCGAUCAUUGACGACAUCACCCGCUCCCGUUCCACUGAGAAACUGAACAAACAAGAACAGGAGCGCCUUAAGGAAGAAGAGAGAGUACGUCAAGCCGAAAAGGAAGCCGAUUCAAAGCGAGCAAAGGAAAUGCUCAAGGAGAAGGAGAGGGCCCAAAGAGAUGUUGAGAAGACUAAGCCACCGAAAGUCUACGACGAUGAGAAAACCAAAAAGAUUCUCAUAAGAACUGUAAGUUUUUUUUUUUACGAUGAAAAGGUCUGUAACGGUUCAUGCUAAUUGUCGGAUAGUUCUCUACAGUCGUGGCAAAUGCCGUGAACAAAUAUGAAUCGCAGAUAGGCGGCAGGGACCUUGUAAAGAAACACGCUAAAGAUGUGAGUCUACUCUUAAGAGCAUAUAUACAGUGUGAUAUACUGACAACAAAUUAUCAGAUCACGGAACUCCUCGUUAAAAAAGAAAUGAAAGACGGACGCCAAAUCGCCAACCCCCAUCUCCUCCUUGAGUCAGAUAACAAGCGCCUAAAAGUCAAGGCAUUUGUCAAGCCCUAUAUUGAGAAGGUCAUCAGAAACAACAAGCUAUACAUGGACAAUUGCAAACGGGAAAAACAAAAAGGUUCUUCCAGCGGCCAUAGGCCGGAGUCCUCGUCUAGCUCCGAGAAGAAUAAAGAUGUUGCUUCCGAAUCCUCUCUCAUGCCUUCGGUUGCGGCGACUUCUAUAAUCGAUAGUAUCGGGCCAAGUACCGAUGCACCAAUAAUCGGAGCCACCCCUCUUGCCGCCGCUGGGAAGAGACGUCGGGAAGAGGUAGAAGAGGCCAGUGGAAACUCCGACAUUGUGGCCGAGAACGAAGGAGGAGACCUCAAGAGACCGAGGCCCAGUCCUCCUCCAAAGGAUGUGACCCCUCCUCCCCCAACAGGUGUCACAGAGGUAAUGGCUGGGGGAGGCAGCGUCUAUGUCUGUUGA